AUGAGUAAUAGUAUAUUAUUAAAAGCUAUAGUAGAUGAAAAUGGAAUAAUUAAAAAUUUAACAUCUUUCCAAAUAGAAAAAAAUACUUCAGACCCAAAAUCUAAUUCUUUAAAUGAUUCACCAGAAAUUUUAAAAGUAAUAUCUGUUCCUGACAAUGGAUUUGGACCUCAUUAUGUUGGUGAAUAUGGAAAUGAAUUAUGGGUUAGUCUUAAAAAAAGUCAUGAUGUUCUAAGAAUUAAUCAUGAUAAUAUAUCUGAUUAUAAUGUUUAUAAUGGAUUCCCUAACCCUAUAUUUAUAGGUCGCCAUCCAAUCACAAAUAUGUUUUAUGCAAGUCAAGAUGAUUCCAGUUAUAUUAUGAAGAUAAAUCCACAAAAUGAUGAAAUAAAACAAAUAAAAAUAUCCCCAAAUAUUGGUGAAACACCUGUUGGAUUAAUUAGUGGACCAAAUGGUAUAUGGUUUACACUAUUAGGAAAUAGUACAAAUGGAACUGGCACGAUUGGAUAUAUAGAUCCUGAUGAUAAUAUAUUUUGGUUUAAAUUAAAAACUUCUCUAGGGUCUAAUGCUUCAUUAUUACAUCUUGCAUUCGAUGUAGAUUAUAUUGAUAAUCAUAAUUUAUGGUUAUUGAGUUCUUCUAUUAUUAACGAUAAUGCUUUAGAUAUGGUUAUUAAGUUAAAAUUUGAUUCACAAUGGAAGAAUAUGAUUAGUGAAGAAAUAACUGUUGUUCCAACACAAAAAUGUCAAGUUUCCACUCCUACUAGUAUAGUUGAUUUUAUGCUUGAUGCGGUUGGAUAUAAAGGAGAAAAUGUGCUUAGUAAACAUAUAUUAGAUAAUUCUUGCGGAGACGGUGCUUUUUUAAAGAGUAUAGUUAAAAGAUAUGUAGAAGUAGCCAAGGAAAAAAAACUGUCCCCCACCGAAAUAAAAAAAGGUUUAGAAACUUAUAUUCACGGGGUAGAAAUAGAGUCUAACUCUUAUGAAAAAUGUCUAAAAAACUUAAAUUCUAUAUUCCCAGCCAAUUAUGAUAUUCGACUAGCCGAUGCUUUACUCAUAAAAGAUUAUGAUAAAAAAAUGGAUUUUGUGGUGGGUAAUCCGCCCUAUGUUAAAAUUCAUAAUUUAAACGGACAAACCAAAAAUAUUAUUUCUCAGCAACAGUUAAAAGGAAUGCAAGUUUUUCCGGAUAUAACUACUUAUCCAGUAAUAUCUUUGUUUGCUAAUUCCCAAACAAGUCAGAAAUUUAAUUAUUCAGUGGUUGAAUUAAAAAAUAACGGAGAGGAACAAGUAAAUUUACUUUCUACUACUGAAUUAGACUGA